AUGUUUUUAAGAAAAUUUACUUCUUUACGGAAAGUGUUAGAGAAAUCAACUAGAAAUAAAUUGGAAACAAAAAUGAAACUUUUGACAACAUUUACGUUAUUUACUGUGCUCGUCUCAUUGACUUUUGGAGCAGAUACUAAUCCUAGUCGCUUCAACAAUAAAGGACAAUAUAGGUCAGAUCAAUACUAUGACGUCAAGUCCAAUAAUGGACGUUAUUAUAAAAAUCGCGAAACAUACAAUCAACGUCGUUAUUACGAUAAUUUCUAUAAAAAAUACAAUCCCGAUGUACAACCUCAAGAGGCUCGUAUUGUUGAACAUAUUGUAGAACCCAUUCAAGAAGAUGGCAGUUAUGCUUACAUUUAUGAAACAGAGAAUGGUAUACAUAAUGAGGCUCGUGGUACGGCCACUACUUUGGACAAUGGUGACACUGCACAAAAAGUAGAGGGUUCUUUCUCGUUUGUAACUCCCGAAGGUAUACGUGUUGGUAUACGUUAUGUGGCCGAUGAAAAUGGUUAUCGUCCUAUAAUCACUUAUGAUGGUCUAAAUGCUGAACAAUUUACUCGUUCCCAAGCAGCAGCCAAUGUUGAAAUUACUAAAGUGUGA